AUGACAGACCAAAAGCUCGUCUCCGUCCAGCAAGUCUCGAACCACAAAACCCCAGACGAUUGCUGGGUAGUGGUAGACAAUCAAGUAUGGGAUGUAACCGACUUCCUAGAAGAGCACCCAGGCGGAUCAACAGUAAUCCUAAAAUACGCCGGCGGCGACGCAACAAAAGCCUACUCAGAAGUCCACGCCCCAAGCAUAAUGAAAAACAAUCUGGACCCCCGAAAGUUCAAAGGCAUUCUCGACCAAUCUACAAUCGACGCCGAAUGGACCAAACCAGCACCAGAGGAGAAUCCCGCGGUCAUGCUCGAGCACGAGAAACCUCCCCUGCACACUUUGAUCAACUCGCAUGAUUUUGAACUCGUGGCGUCGAAAACAGCCAGCAGGAAGACGUGGGCAUUCUACUCUAGCGCCGCAACGGACCUCAUCACACGCGACGCAAAUAAGUUGUGCUUUGACCGGACCUGGUUCCGGCCUCGCGUGCUACGAAACGUCCGGGAUGUGGAUACUACAACGAAUAUCCUGGGUGGGAGCUAUAAGCUCCCACUCUUUGUGAGCCCGGCUGCAAUGGCGAAACUUAUUCAUCCGGAUGGGGAGUGUGCUAUUGCGCGAGCUUGUGAGAGGAAGGGUAUCAUGCAAGGCAUAUCCAACAACUCCUCCUACACCAUGGACGAACUACGCACAACAGCACCAACCACUUCCUUCUUCUUUCAGCUCUACGUAAACAGAGACCGAGCCAAGUCCGCAGCCCUCCUACGCCAAUGCAACCAAAACCCAAAUAUAAAAGCAAUCUUCGUAACCGUCGACGCCGCCUGGCCAGGCAAACGUGAAGCCGACGAACGCGUCAAAGCAGACGAGACCCUCUCGGUCCCCAUGGCCCCUUCAAAAGCCCAAAACGACAAAAAGGGCGGCGGGCUAGGCCGCGUCAUGGCCGGGUUCAUCGAUCCGGGAUUAACAUGGAAGGAUUUGAAAUGGGUGAAACAGCACACGCACAAGCCGGUUUGUUUGAAAGGAGUCAUGUGCGCUGAUGAUGCGUUGCUUGCCGUUAGAGCUGGUCUGGAUGGGAUCCUCCUUAGCAAUCAUGGAGGCAGGAAUCUGGACACUAGUCCGCCGUCUAUUGUUACCCUGUUAGAGAUUCAACGGCGGUGUCCAGAGGUUUUUGAGUCUUUGGAGGUUUAUGUUGACAGUGGGAUUCGGAGGGGGACGGAUGUUCUUAAGGCCGUUUGUUUGGGGGCUACUGCUGUGGGAAUGGGGAGGAGUGUGCUUUUUGCUACCAAUUAUGGUCAGGAGGGGGUUGAGCAUCUGGUUGAUAUCAUCCAAGACGAACUCGAAACAGCCAUGCGCAACGUCGGAAUUACAUCCCUGGCGGAAGCUUCCCCGGAUCUCGUGCACACUGGUGACAUCGACCACCUCGUUCCGGCGUCCCGCUCACACCCAUACGCUCGGGCCAUAGCUAAAGGCCGGCGACCGGGGUCGAAGCUUUAG